AUGACAUAUUCGAUCACUACCCUGGCGGCAGCAUUUGUCGCUGGUCUCAUCUUCUACAGAGUGUUAAUUUACCCUGCGUUUCUCUCCCCGCUGUCGAAGAUCCCCAAUGUGCACUGGAGUGCUUCCAUCUCGCCCGUAUGGAUGCUAUGGAGGCGCUUCACAAGCCGGAACAAUCGGACCAUUCAGGCUGCCCACGAGAAACUCGGCCCUGUCGUAAGAUUAGGACCGUCAGAGAUCUCGAUCAACUGCGUUGAUGGAGGAAUUAAGUCAGUUUAUGCUGGCGGAUUUGAGAAGCAUGACUGGUAUCCACGAGUCUUCGCGUCAUUUGGGACAGUGAGCAUGUUCACCAUGACCGGAAGCAAGGCACAUUCAACCCGAAAAAGGAUGUUGUCCAACAUCUACUCCAAAUCUACUCUGCAAGCAUCCCCUCAUAUGCGGAUAGUUUCAAAUACAGUCAUUUUCGAACGGCUGCUGCCGAUUCUUCAAAAAGCGGCAGUGUCUGAAAAACCCGUCGAUGUGCAUGAUCUAAACCAGGGACUGACAAUGGACUUCGUCUCUUCAUAUCUAUUUGGUUUGAAAAAUGGCACUAACUACCUACAAGACGACUCAGUGCGUAAGCACUGGCUUCAUCUUUACAUGUGUCGAAAGCCAUUCGAGUUUUAUGCUCAGGAGGUUCCAUAUUUGGAUGGAUGGUUGAGACGGAUUGGUCUUCGCGUGAUACCGAAGUAUUGCGACGAAGCCAAUGCAAUGCUUGAUUCCUGGGCUCUGGAUCUAUGCGAUAGGGCCGAGGAAAUAGUUUCAGCAACCGAGCCAGGCAUCGAGCCAGUUGUCUACAAGCAGUUGAAACAAUCCCUAGACAAGCAUUCCGCAAAGAAUGGAGAAACAGCGCCAGACAAGGCCCAACAGAGACUCGAUAUAGCUUGCGAAUUGUAUGAUCAGCUGACUGCUGGCUUUGAAACCAGUGCCGUUGGCCUCACAUAUCUAUUCUGGCAACUCUCCCGACACCCAGAAGUGCAGAACAAGCUCCGAGAGGAACUCCUCACUCUGAGCCCUCCUGUUUCGUACCCAAAGACAGCCGAUCUACCACUAGCCAAGUCAAUCGAUAACUUGCCCCUAUUGGAAGCGAUCGUGACAGAGACCUUGAGACUUCAUGCUCCGAUCCCUGGCAUCCAGCCUCGGGUAACGCCAUCUCCGUCGUGCACUCUAGCCGGGUAUGCAGAUAUUCCACCUAACACCAGGGUGAAUGCGCAAGCAUAUUCACUGCACCGCAACCCGGAGGUAUUCCCAGAUCCGGAAACCUGGCAGCCGAAGCGUUGGCUGGAAACUGAGAACUCGCCGGCUGACCUGGAAGAGAAACGGCGGUGGUUCUGGGCGUUUGGGAGUGGAGGACAAAUGAAACUGGCCGUGGCUGCGAUCUACACCAACUUCCGCACCACCAUUGUCGAUGAUGACAAUAUCGAAGCCAUCGAUGCUUAUACUGUGAAACCAACAGGCGAUAAACUGAUCCUCAAGUUUGAGUCUGCACAAGAUAUUUGA